UCACAAUGGUUAUGACGCGCCGUCUUCCUGCUUCCUUCAGCUGCGUCUUAAAGUGAAUCUUGUUAGUGCGAGAGCGCUCUAGCCCCGUCCUGUACGCAUCGCAGAGAAACACAGUUUCCAUCUGGAAAGGAGAGCGGCGCAAAAGAGCUCUCUCGCUCACUCACUCACUCUCGUCGCUCGUGCUUGUCCUGAGAAAUUACAAUAUUCAUCACCAGGCGAACAACCCUCCGUAUUCUCUCUUUCACUAUUGCAAAGAAGCUCAAUUUCCUCUCGUCUGCAGAGCUCCCAGGAUUCUCGAGCCUUGCCCAGCUGACAGGCUUUUGAAGAUGGCACAAUAACAGUUCCAGUGAUGCCUGACCAUGACAACACAGCCCUUCUAAACAGACAAACCAAGAGACGAAGAGUUGACAUCGGGGUGAAAAGGACUGUAGGCACAGCAUCUGCGGUAUUCGCCCGGGCAAAAGCAACCAUACUCAGUGCCAUGAAUCCCCACGGUUCGGACCAGGACGUCGAGUGCUCCGUGGUGCCACACGGCGACGGCGAGAAGUCCAACGUGCUACGCAAGCUCCUGAAGAGAGCAAACUCGUACGAGGACGCCAUGAUGCCCUUCCCGGGAGCCACCAUUAUCUCCCAGCUGCUGAAGAACAACAUAGGCAAAAACGGUGGCAGUGAGAACGGCAACUUCCAGGGCAGCGGUGGCCUGUCCAGCACAGGCUCUGAGGCCCACCAAGAGGACGCGUGCAGCAACUCGUCGCGCGAGAGCCCCCAGGAGUGCCUGUCGCCCUUCGGCCGGCCCACCAUGACGCAGUUCGACAUCGAGCGGCUGACGGACGAACACCUGCGCGCCAAGCGCGCCCGCGUGGAGAACAUCAUUCGCGGCAUGAGCCACUCGCCCAGCGUGACGCUGCGCGGGGCCGGCGAGAGCGAGCGCGGGGACCGGGAGCGCGAUCGCGACCGAGAGCGCGAGCGUGACCGAGAGCGCGAUCGCGACCGGGAGCGUGAUCGGGAGCGAGAACGCGAGGGGCCCCAGCACCACCCACAGCAGCAGCACCACCAGCAGCAGCAGCAGCAGCAGCAGCAGCAGCAGCCUCCCAGCCCACGCGAGAGCUACCGGGAGAACAAGCGCAAGCAGAAGCUACCCCAGCAGCAGCAGCAGAGCUUCCAGCAGCUGGUGUCGGCCCGCAAGGAGCAGAAGCACGAGGAGCGCCGGCAGCUCAAGCUGCAGCUGGAGGACAUGCAGAAGCAGCUGCGGCAGCUGCAGGAGAAGUUCUACCAGAUCUACGACAGCACCGACUCGGAGAACGACGACAACGACGGCAACCUGUCGGAGGACAGCAUGCGAUCCGACGGCGGCUUGGAGAACCGCGCGCGGCUCGACGACUCCAUGCCGGACCGCUCCGACAAUGAGAUGUCCGACCUGGACCCCGGGCACUUCCUGGACCGGGCCCGGGCGCUGAUCCGUGAGCAGACCAUGAUCGCUGAAGGGGGCGACAAGCCCAAAGGAGACGGCUCCCGGGGGAAGGCCCAGGGGCCACAGUCCAUGCACGCCGAGGGCAAGCACCUGGCCGAGACACUGAAGCAGGAGCUGAACACGGCCAUGUCGCAGGUGGUGGACACGGUGGUAAAGGUGUUCGCCAAGCCACCCCGCCCGGCCCUGCCUCAGGUGUUCCCGCCCCUGCAGAUGCCCCAGGACCGCUUCACCAUGAAUGGCGACAACCCCAACUUCCACACGGCCAACCAGCGCCUGCAGUGCUUCGGCGACGUCAUCAUUCCCAACCCGCUCGACUUCACCGGGAUGCCCAUGCCUGGCGCCAAUGACCAGACAGAGGCACUGCCACUUGUGGUGCGCAAGAACUCCUCUGACCAGUCGUCCGGCCUGCCCACCCCUGGGGCUCACCACCACCCCUCGCUGCACCCAUCUCCGCUCACGGCCACCAUGGGUUUCAGCCCACCCUCAUUCCGCCACCCAUUCCCCCUGCCCCUCAUGGGCUACCCCUUCCAGAGUCCUCUGGGGCCACCCUCGGCCUACCCGGGCAAGGACCGGUCUUCCCCAGAGUCACUCGACCUCUCCCGGGAGACCACGAGCCUACGGACCAAGAUGUCGAACCACAUGAACCACCACCGCUCCAUGUCCCCCACGCACCCGGGAAGCACCACCGAGGGCCUGUCCCUCUCGCUCAUCAAGUCUGAGUGCGGAGACCUCCAAGACAUGGCUGACAUCUCACCGUACUCAGGGAGUGCAUUCCAAAUUCAGGAAGGCUUGUCCCCGAACCACUUGAAAAAGGCCAAGCUGAUGUUCUUCUACACACGCUACCCCAGCUCCAACAUGCUCAAAAUGUUCUUCUCAGAUGUGAAGUUUAACAGGUGCAUCACCUCCCAGCUGAUCAAAUGGUUCAGUAACUUCCGCGAGUUCUACUACAUCCAGAUGGAGAAGUUCGCUCGGCAGUCCAUCAACGACGGCGUGACCGGGGUCGAGGAGCUCAGCGUCAGCCGCGACUGCGAGCUCUUCCGUGCCCUCAACAUGCACUACAACAAGGCCAACGACUUUGAGGUUCCGGAGCGGUUCCUGGAAGUGGCACAGAUCACGUUACGGGAGUUUUUCAAUGCCAUUGUGGCAGGCAAAGACGUUGAUCCUUCCUGGAAGAAGGCCAUAUACAAGGUCAUCUGCAAGCUGGACAGUGAGGUCCCGGAGAUUUUCAAAUCGCCCAACUGUCUACAGGAGCUUCUGCACGAGUAAUGACACAAAAAAAAAUCACAUUUCCCCUCCUGCUCCCUCACACCACACCACAUAAUACCAACGGCUAACGCCCUCCAACACCUCUUGUUGUUAUGAAGUACGAAGUAGCAUCACUAUUUUGCCCCCCCCCCCCCCCCCCCUCCUUCACACUGGCUACCCUUUUGGACGAUUUAGCUGUUCAUAUACAUAUUUUCAUGUACAUAUUUUUUUCUUUCUUUCUUUCUUCCUCUGUGCUUCUUAUUCUUCUUCUUUGGAAAGAAAACUCUGGUUGUUAUAUUUUUUUGACUGUUUCUACUUGAUUCCUUUCCCUCUCAUGUUUCAUGCGAUGCUCUUUAAGUUUCUGGGCAUUAUUAUUCCACACUCUGGUGACUCAUAGAACUGAAACUAAAAACUUUCCCGAAAACUUUCAGCCUUACUAGAGACCCUAAGGCCUGAACGGCCACCCCAAAAGGCUUUGGUUUCACCUGUGGGAUGUGUGAUGUGUGUGUGUGUGUGUGUGUGUGAGGGUUUUAUUGCAGAAAUACAACUUUACAUUUGUAGCUUGUAUAGAUGUAAUUAUUAUUUAUGAUUAAUAUAAUUAUUCCUAUUGAUGUUAUCAAUGCUUGCUACAAAUUGACACGUGGUUCUCCUGUUUCUCAUGGCAAUGCUACAUUUUAAAAAAUAAUAAUAAUAAAUUAUUCUUUGCACAAAAAAAUAGAGGGGUAUAAAUUUUCUACCACCAAACAAAAACCAAACAAACAAAAAAAAAUCAAAGCAAAACAUAUAUCUGACAUGUUUUUGAAGGGACUGUGAUAACCGCUUUCUCCAUUUGGCCUUUUCUUUCUCGCCGUUGGCACGGGUCCAGUGUUCUUGUGUAUUGUGUCCACUUUGAUAGCGUAGGCACCAGGGGAGGCAGGCCCCGCUCAGCGGCAGCCUCCUUGACAGCGCAGCCUCUCCUGUAACCAAGCAACAUGGCCAUUUCACACUGGGCCAGGCCGGCUUUUGCACAAAAAAAGAUGGAUGCUUUCCCACAGAGAGAGACCAUUCUUGCCCAUUCUAAAAGCACACUGUCGCAGUCAGCCGUACGCGUGCUCACACAAGCACACACACACAUAUAUACACGUAUACACACACACACACACACACACACACACACACACACACACACACACACACACACACACACACACACACACACACACACACACACACACACACACACACACACACACACACUCACAAGUCCAAUGAGGGCCCUCGAUCCCCCAAAACAAGGGGUUUGUUGUUGUUGUCGCUCUUCCCACCUGCUGGUAGGGAAACACCUCUAUUAAUGGACUGAAUUCUGUUUUAUUGGUCUGAAUGGUGGUAUAGACACCUUUUAACUGAAGAAAAAAUGUGUAAUCUCCUCGACUAAAAUAUUAUUAUUAUUAUUAUUAUUAUUAUUAUUAUCAUUAUUAUUCCUUUAAUGAUUUAGCGCAAAUUUUAUUUGAGGUCUAGAGCCCUUUUGUGAUUGUUCUUUCACAGUGAUUUCUUUUUCUUUACUGUUUUGUAUUCAUACUCUUCAUAAUCUAAAGAUUUCAUUUUUCUUUUAUAAUAAGCUAUGAAAGUGUACCGUUUAUUACUGCUGAAACAAUUUGAAUUUAAAACAAAGCAACAAAACAAAUUGCAAAGAAGGGUGUGUGUGUGUUAGAGAGAGAGAGAAGGUAACACAUUUCUACAUGAGGAGAUUGAGUACUUGAACACAGAUGGCCAUAGUUCAGUCCUCACAAUGUCAUUUUGAAGACAGCAGAAUUCAGUCCUUAUGUCUUCAUCUCUGUAUAUUUCCCUCACAUUUGUCUUUUUUAAAUGUAGAAGCUUCAACAGUGACUUGUCUAAAUGUCGUGGCAAACAGUCACCUUUUUUCUUCCCUAAUUUGUCUCGCUUACAGAAGUAAGGUUGGCUUUUUUGGAGGGCAAGGACUGGACAUGUGAUCUCUCUCUUUCACAUCCCCCCUCCCUCACUUGCUCUCUCUCUCACACACACACAAACACACGUGCGCACACACACACCCACACACGCUGUCUAAAGUAGCAGUGCUGUUUGCAUUUGUAAAAUACAGCUGAUGAAUUGAAAUGCAGGACCUGCAAUUAUUGUCAGCACAAUGCCUUAAAAAACCUGCUGACUUGUAGAUUAAUGGGCACAAAGCAGGGUGAGGUCCCGUCAUUAUGCUCCAAGCACUGGCAGGAUCUGCAGGCACUGGACAAUGCAGACAAUGGUAGGAACAAAGUGCCAACGUUUUCACUAUGCAUUGUAUUAAAAAAAGAGAAGUGAUGUUAGACCACACGUUAGAGAAAGAAAAAGAAACAGACAGGCACAGGUCUUCUCAACUUAACAGCCCUCCCACCCCUUAUUGUUGUUGACAGUCAACUGCUUUUGUGAUGCUAGCUUUCAACAAUAUACGGGAAACACUUCUAAAUAAUCAUCAUGAGCUUGAACACUUGUAUUAAAACUGAUUAUACCUCUUGCGCAAAUAUGUAAUCAGAAAACUGUACCUGUGUUAGUACGUUUUAGUCCCUUCCUUUUAUUGUAAUGCUCAGUGACACUGUUGACCUAGAGAUGGUCAAAGCAGCAUCCAUUUUAGAUAUUGAAAUCGGCACAGAGGAUUAGUUUGGAGACACUGGGCAGUGGAAAGAGCUAAGAAAAUCCACUAUGUUUUAAAAGCAGUCAUGUCAUUCAUAACUUUGCACCAGACUAAGUGUGGAAACCACUCAAAUAAUACUCUAAUACUCAAUACUCAAAUACUCAGUCUGUAGUGUCAGUUUGAGCUGCCUCAAAUGAUCAUUUAAUGUGUGUGUGUGUGUGUGUGUGUGUGUGUGUGUGUGUGUUUGAAGGGGAGAUAUCUAACAAGCUGUCUGUGCCUCGAAUCAUAAACACCAGCAAAUUGUUUUAAGGAGAUAGCACAAAAUUAAGUCAGAUCAUUUCAGCAUACACUCCCAGUGAUCUCAGCUCUUCAUUAAGUGCUGUCCUCUUUGACAAAAAGGCUUCAUUCUCUUCAUUGGAACUACAUUGCAACUGCAACAUCAGAGUGUCAUUGCAUUUCCAAAUGGUGACAGCUAUGCAUUAACUGUGAGGUUUUUAUUUUUUACUUUUGUUCAUGUCAUUCAGUAUCACAGUGGUGGAGAAUUAAGUCUUUUAAAAACACAAAAGGCAUUUUUAGAACAAAUUUUUGUGUGCUGAAAUUUUCCUUGAACUCUCAAGGUUGAAAUUUGCAGUAGGAUCUGAUAUUUAAUACAGGAUAAUUUUCACAUAUUAUGAAAGGUAGCACAGAAGCAAUAUUGUGUGUUUGUACUGUAUGUAUGUGUGUGUGUGUGUGUGUGUGUGUGUGUGUGUGAGUGAGAGAGAGAGAGAGAGAGAGAGAGAGAAAGAGAGAUACUGCAGUGUAUCUGUAUACAAGAGAAAAACAACUCAUCCCUUUCAUAGAUGACAUAUUUUAUACCCUUUAUUUGGUAUCUCUCACUGUUGUACAGUUUAGAUUUGAUUUGAAAUUGCAUUGUGUUGAAUCAACAGAAUAUAAGUAUGUGAUGUUGAAUAGAACUAUGUUGUCACCAUUCCUGUAGUCUCUUCUUGAGAGUAUUAGGACAUAGAAGGUUAGAAUUCAACUUGGCAAUUCAGCCAUUUUUCCUGAAGAGCUCAGUAGCAAUUGCCUGAUUCAAAUCUGUCCUUUAACCAAACAGAGAUGGUGGAGCACCAGAGGUGUCAAGAUUGUAUUCUUUUAAAAAGUCCAACUUCACACUUCAUCACUGCUUGUGAUUUGAAGGUCCUGCAACCACUCUCUGGCCCCCUGUGACUUUGUAUUUCUGGGAGGAAAUAUUGUGUCUGUUUGCUUUGUUCCAGUUUGGGUUGUGGGUUGGAUUGGUGUGCUGUGUGUGAGUCCAGGGCAUCUCAUGUGUUUUAGUUUUACAUUGAAAGGCGCAGCUGGAGCUGAGCUCUUCAUUCCAUACAUCCCCUUGUGAUGUUUCUUCUUUGAUUUGAGAGGGGGAGGCCAACUUUCUUGAAUAAUCUUGAAUAUUUCUGUGUUGUAUGUUAUUAUUUUUUGAUUGAAGUGUUACCCUGUGUACUGCACCCAUAAUUUUAUGGAGGCUUCCACAAAAGAUAUCCACACUAAACUAUAGACGCUAAUUUCAAGCAAAUGAUUUUGAUGUAAACAUUUCACUGUGACACAGUCAGGAUUGAACUACUUUCAGCUCACUGAUAUUUACCAUUUCCAGGGUGGAAUUGCUAUUCUGUUUAGAUGGAAGAAUUACAUUGUAGUCACAUUGUCACAAAGUAAACUCCCAUGGGUUUAAGCUUUCAACCUGUGAACAAGUGUACACCCAGCUGGAGGAGUGUCUGUUUUGUUGAAGAGGUGUAACAGUGAUCAGGUUAUUAUCUCGUUGACUGUUUUGGCAAACUCCAGCAGAAGUGACUGAUAUGUUCCAUAACAAAGGGACAGCUAGAAAAUACUGGUAUGGGGGAAAAAAUGUGUACAUUAUUUUUUUUCGUUCUUUCUUUUGAGGGCAGGUUUAAGGGAUGGGGUGGGGGGAAGGGUGAUCACAUGUAUAUGGAUACGUGUUUCUCAAUUUUUCCACUCUUUGUAAAUGUUUGAGCUAUAUUCCUACAGGGUCCUGUGUCCCUUAGAGCGUUUUUAAACUUAAUUCACCCUGGUUGGGAUGUGUGUAAAUAGAACCCAAGAGUGAAAAACUACUGCCUUUCUUCUCCCAUUAGCAAUAUGAUGUAAAUAGCAUUGUUACGCUUUUUUUGUAUUAAAAGAAUUGUUUGAUUCUAGUAAAAGUAAUUCCAGCUGACGUUUCAUGACACAGUAUCUUUGAUGCAUAUAUAAGAAGAAUUAAAAAAUACAUGAAUUAUUUGACCUGUACACAUACAUAGGUAACAAGUUGCAUUGUGGAUUUUUGUUGUCAAUUCGUCUUGCAGAAUUUUCAUAAUUUAUUGGUUUAAUUUAUCCUAAUUUAUUUGGUGAAGAUGUACAAUUUUGUUCUUUCAAGGACAUACUGUAAUAUUAUUUGGUAGAAUCAAACACUACGAUGCUCUACUCAGUAGAGGAGAGAAAAAAACAAAGCACUGGAAAUGCGAGUAGCCAAUGGAAUACCAUGACCUGCUGUUCAAGAGGAAACUUGACAUCUGUGGAAAAAAAGGAGUAUGUAAAAAAAAAAAAAGUUUUCUUCUGUUUUGUUUGGAAGGUAAAAAAAAAUAGUUUCUUUUGUGUGUUUGCCUUUUUUUUUUCUUUUUUCAAGUUCUUCAAUCAAAUCUUUACCUUUGCUUUGUACCACCUACACAAUACAGUAGUUGAAUUGCCUGGUGUGCCUUCCAUCUUCUAUGAACUGAAUGUAUGUGCAGUACAUAUGCAAGCUUGUGCAAAAUAAAAACAAAGUCCAA